CCUAAAUAGGAAUAAUAGAAUUUAGGAGAUCAUCUCCAUUUCUCUUUUUAUUUAAAUAAAUCGCUUUCAAAGGUUCACCUCUGUGGCUCUGUGUCUCUCUUUCUCUUUCGUUUUUUAUUUUUUAUUUUUAUUUUUCUCCAGCUGCUGCUGCUGCGGCUAAACCCUAGUACUGCGGGGAGUCUUUCACUUCUAUUACCCAGUCGGUGCUUUGUAAAAGCCAUGUCUGGUUAUAAUCUAAACUUUUCACCUGCAAGAUCCGUGUCUCCACAGAUAAGGAAUGCCCUUGAUGUCGACAGUAAUCAGUACUUGUCAGAGCUGUUGGCGGAGCAUCAAAAACUUGGACCUUUCACUCAAGUUCUUCCCACAUGUACCAGGCUUUUAAAUCAAGAAAUCUUGAGGAUUUCUGGAAGGAUGCCGAACCAAGGUUUUAAUGAGCUUGAUAGGCUGAGACACAGGAGUCCUAGUCCUAUGGCUUCUUCAAAUCUUAUGUCAAAUGUUGCUGGAGCAGGAGGGCUGGGUGGUGGUUGGAAUGGACUUCCCCAGGAGAGGUUAAGUGGACCCCCCGGAAUGUCAAUGGAUUGGCAAGGUGCACCAGCAAGCCCUAGUUCCUAUACCGUGAAGAAGAUAUUGCGACUAGACAUCCCAGUUGAUACUUACCCCAAUUUCAAUUUCGUAGGACGACUUCUUGGCCCCCGAGGAAAUUCACUGAAGCGUGUGGAAGUCACUACAGGAUGCCGUGUAUAUAUUAGGGGAAAAGGUUCUAUAAAAGACCCAGACAAGGAGGAAAAAUUGCGAGGUAGACCAGGUUAUGAACAUCUGAAUGAACAACUCCAUAUUUUGAUUGAGGCUGAUCUACCUGCCAACAUCAUUGAUAUUAGACUCCGCCAGGCUCAAGAGAUCAUAGGAGAACUGCUUAAGCCUGUGGAUGAAUCACAAGAUUAUAUUAAGAGACAACAAUUGCGGGAAUUAGCAUUACUGAAUUCUAAUUUCCGUGAAGAGAGUCCUGGACCAAGUGGCAGCGUGUCGCCUUUCAAUUCCAGUGGAAUGAAGCGUCCCAAGACUGGCCAUUACAAAUGCUGAUCCUGAUUAUGUAUAACUUCUUGUUGAGGACGUUCCGUCUUUUUAUUCGCAGGGUCGUGCGUCUCUCUGCUUGGCUCGCUAUUACCAAACAUAUAUAUAGAUGUGACAUUGAAGAUUGGGCUGUGGUCUCGUUGCAUGUUGGGCUUUUACUAUGUCUUUAAAUCUGAGAUAGCCAUAUGGUGGGUGGCAGGGUGGGGUGAGUGCAAAGGGGGAGAGAUAAAACAAAAUAUGUUCUUUAUACAGUUUACCUGAUUGAAUUUAUAUGGUUGGUCGGUCGGUGUCUGGAGCUGGAGUUUUCGUGUGAGUUCUUGUGCACUUUGAUUCUUUGAAUUUAUUUGUGAUGUUAGUGAACUCUUAUUGUUUUAGUGUGAAAUAUCAUAGCCUUAUUGCUAUUGUUAUAUUAGUUCAUUGUAGAAAGGUUAUUCGUUUGAAGCAAGCUUUGUAGCAGAAAUACCUUCUGCCUUGUCUAUUAUAUUUUGUUAGAAGUGAUGAACUUGAAAGUUGAAAUGAAUGGUCAACUAUUUUUUGAACUGUGGAGGCAGUGGAGCCAUUGUUUAGUGUUUUCUGCAU